UGGGGCACCGGAAGCGGCGUUGCCAUGGAGUCCGCGGAGGACUGGCUGGUGGAAUCCUUGCGUUUGUACCAAGAUUUCCAUGCAUUCGACCUUUCGGGAGCCACUCGAGUCCUUGAAUGGAUUGGUGACAAAGGAGUCUUUGUUGCUGGCUAUGAAAGCCUGAAAAAAAACGAGAUUCUUCAUCUCAUACUACCUCUCAGACUUUCUGUAAAAGAAAACCAGGGCUUAUGCCCAGAAAGAGAUUUCAAGGUGUGCCACGGAGGAUUUUCAGACACGUCUGUCUUUGAUCUGAAGCACGUGCCAGACACCAGGUUGCUGGUAACCACUGGUCUUCCGGGUUCUUACCUGCAUGUGUGGCAGGUCACAGAGGACAGUGACGUCAUUCAAGCCGUCAGCACCAUUGCUGUGCAGGAGAAGGAGGGCAGUCUCUGGCCCAGGGUGGCCAUCUUCUCUUCGAUGGUACCCGGAGUCCUCCACGGGGUGAGGCUCAGCAGUCUGAAGGUCGUGGAUCUGGAAUCCCAGAAGACCACAUACACCUCAGGGGUCAGUGACAGUGAGGAGCUAAGUAGCCUGCAGGUCCUGGAUGCAGACACCUUUGCCUUCUGCUGCUCCUCAGGCCGGCUGGGGCUUGUCGACAUCCGCCAGAAGUGGGCGCCAUCAGAGAAUGUCAGCCCCAACCUUGGGGCUGCUGGAGGGAGGUGGUGUGCUGAAGUUGGGGGCCGGGGCCCUGGGCCCAGUAUUGCCAGCCUUGGCUCAGACGGGCAACUCUGUCUUCUGGAUCCCCGGCAUCUCGGCCAUCCUGUGAGUUCCGUCCGGUGCUCAGUGUCUGCACCCAGCCCCGACCCAGAGCUGCUGCGAGUGACCUGGGCGCCAGGCCUGGACAACUGUUUGGCCAUUUCAGGUUUUGAUGGGACAGUCCAGGUCUAUGAUGCCACAUCUUGGGAUGGAGUGGGGAGCCAAGUAGAACCUCUCUUCACUCACAGAGGUCACAUCUUCCUGGAGGGCAGCCAGAUGGACAGUGCUCCACUGGUCACUACCCACACUUGGCACCCACACAAACCACGGACUCUCUUAUCGGCAGCAAGCGACGCGUCUCUGCAUGUGUGGGACUGGGUGGACCUCCGUGCGGCCUGCUGA